UACGUAAUAAAGGUGCGAAAUGUAUUUGAAAACUAAAAAGAGAAAGAGAUCUGUGUUGUGUCUUUUUUCAAAAUUUGAAACUCCGCCCUUCCCUUCCUCACGCGCCACCUUCUCCCUCCUCUUUACAAAUACACUCUCAUCUCUCUCUCUCCCUCUCCAAAAACAGAUCCAGAUUUCUCCCGUUGUGUGUUUGAGAGAUUCUCAAUUCUUUCUUCCACACAACACUAAAUGCGACGCAGCAGAUUCAGAUUCUCAUACUCCAACAUGGACUCUCUUCCCGACGCCAUCCUUCAAUACAUUCUCUCCAACCUCACCGAAGCCAAGGACGUGGCUUCCUGCAACUGCGUCUCCAAGCGAUGGAAAGAGUCUACAGACUCCGUCAAGAGCAUCAAGUUCCCAAGAAACUCAUUCGAAAACAUCUCCGACGUUACUGCUUCCGACGCCAUCGUUCUCAAGAUGAUCUCUUCUUUCCACCGCCUCGAGGAGCUUGUCCUCUACAGCCCCUUCACCAGCAAAGGCCUAGCGUCUUGGCUGACCCACGUGUGCCAGUCUCUCAGGCUGUUGGAGCUGAGAAUGGAUAAUCUCGCUAGCGAGGAGGCUCUCGUAGAGGGACCCUUGAAGCUUGAUUGUAUUGGCGUGGUUAAGGGUUUGGAGACUUUGAAGCUUUGGGGUGUUUUGAUGAUGAGUCCUCCUAAGUGGGAUUUGUUCCCUAACCUUCGUUGUCUUGAGAUUGUGGGAGCUAGAAUGGAUGAUAAUGCGUUGGGUAGUGCCUUGUGUGCUUGCCCGAAUCUGAGUAGCUUGCUUCUACUAGCUUGUGAAGGAAUUAAAUCUAUAUCGAUCAGCCUGCCGUUUUUGGAGCAUUGUAAGCUGGAUUUUUACGGACAGGGAAACACAUUGCUCUCCCUCACGGCUCCGAGGAUAGUGUCUCUUGAUGUACAGGGAUGUAGCUGGAUCAGUGUUCCUGAAACCAGUUUCUUAAAGAACUUAUCCAUCGCCAAUGUUUCUGGGAGAGUUUACAUGGUACAAUUCCGAAACCUUUCAUCCCUUGAGGCCUUGUCAGUUCGAGGCGUGCAAUGGUGUUGGGAUGCACUAACCACGAUUCUGGAGCAAGCGAGAGACGUGAAGCAUCUCUUUAUGAAGGUCGAGUUCACAGGCAACGAGGCUCUUCAGCCUUUCCCAGAGAUUGACUUUGUUGAGUUCUUCAAGAACCAUCCCAAGCUUCAGAAGUUCGAUAUCCAUGGAGCAAUGUUCGCUGCACUUUGCCAGAAAAACAGCCUAAAGAAGCUUGAGACAGGAUUUGCAAUACAGUGUUUAGAGGAAGUUGUAAUCACAGUGAGAUCUCCAUUGAACGCAGAACAGAAGAUGAACACACUUGAAUCACUUGUGCGGUACGCAAAAGGUUUGAAACGAAUGGUGAUAAGGGUUCUUAGGAUGAAGAGCAACCACAGCAGUGCAGAUGAUUUCUGCGAUGAUAUCUGCAAGUUCCACCACAUGAAUAAACAUCUUGUUCACAUUGAAUGAAAUAUUCUUCUGGCUGCUAAUUAAUACAUUUUCGGCCAUUGAUUUCUGUUUUUCUCGUUCUGUUAGCUGAGCAUUUCUAGUUUUGAACUCUUGAGUAACUUUUUGUUUCUCUGAUUCAUUGUUGUGACUUGUGAACUUGUGACUCUGAUUCCGACAAAGGUUCGGUACUCUUACUUGUUGUUUGUCUUUAAAUACAAAUCAUUAUGGACUCA